AUGGCAUUCCGGUUGUGGAGUGCAGAAGAGGUCGGAGCAUGGCUGGAGAGCCUUGGCUAUGGCGAGUAUGGUCAGGCGUUUGUGGAGAACGAGGUUGACGGCGAGGCUCUCGAGGGGCUAGACACAGAGAUGCUGAAGGAGAUGGGUCUGGUCAAGGUUGGUCCGAGGGCAAAGGUGCUCCGUGCUGUGCGUGAGCUUGUGGCGGAGGCUGCAGAGGCUGCCGCCGCAGCGAGUGAGGAUGUCGGCGGAAAGAAGAAGGGCAAGGCGAAGAAGGGCAAGGACAAGAGCAAGAGCAAGAGCAAGGGCAAGGGCAAGAGUGAGGCUGUCGACCAGAGUGCUGCGGCGGUGGCCAUCGUCGAGGCCGCCAACGGGACGGCGUCGGCCAUCUCGAAGCAGGGCUGGCUGACCAAGGAGGGCGGCAAGCGAAAGAACUGGAAGCAGCGGUGGUUCACCCUCGAAAACAUGGUGCUCUCGUACUACAAGGCCGAAGCCGACGUCGGCGUCAAGAACCCUCUGGGACGGAUCCCGAUUCCGUCGUACGAGGUCGAUCUCGACAACAAGAAGCCAUUUGGCUUCAAGAUCUCGCACCCCGGAUGCCGGACAUACUACUUUGGGGCCGAGUCUGAAGCCGAGCGGCAGCUGUGGAUGAAGGCCAUCCGUGAGCAGGGUCUGGCCACGGCGUCCAAGACCUGGUUCAACGCCGAGGCCAACUUCUUUUCGGUCGAAUACGCGCCGUCACUGGAUCUUUUCGAAGUUGCCAUGACAAUGGAUGCGCCCGAAGAGUCGGUGCGCCUGGUGCCGGGCAAGACGUACCGGUACCAUGCCAAGCUGCGGCGGUCGGACGGGUACUCGGAGGUGCUACUCGACGCCACCAAGACCGGCAUUGUGGUCCGCGACGUGACCGCCACCGACAAGCUCUCGACCCACCACUACACAGCACUCCAGCGCUACACCAUUGCCGCCCACGAUCCGGUCUUCUCCAUUCUCGAGGUUAAGGCCGGCCUCAAGUCUGUUUUCUCCUUCCACAUGGGCAACUUUGCCAUUGCCCGCCACCUCAACUCGGUCGUCACCGCCCACAUCGGCGAGCUUGUCGGCGUCAUCCGCUCCAUGCGAUGA